AAGAAAGAGAUGGUGUGUCGUACCAUCCAGACACUGCCUAGACGAGGCUGUCCCUCCACACCGAGCAGCCAGGCGAGGAGGGGACGGGUGAGGGGGGCCACAGCGAGGCCAACGACUCUGGAAGAGCUACAGAGUUCAACGGCAGAGACAGGACGUGUGUCAGAGAAUGCUUCGCUGCCUGCUCGCUCGUCGGUUGUCAGUUUUUCCAGAGCUGGGCCUGUUGCUGUGGAAACUCUGAAACCAGAUGCAAUAAAAAGGGCAGGAGGGAGGGUUCCCCGGCGGCAGACACCAGAGAGGAGCCCCGAGACCAAGAGAGCAUGGACAGACACCAGAGGACCAUCGAGCGCUUCCUCAAGCUGGGGUACUCCCGCAGGGACAUCGUGCGGGUUCUGGAGAGCCUGCACUGGGACGCCCUGACGAAUGACAUCUUGGAGGAGCUGCUGAAGACCGGCAGCAGCGCCCAGCCAGCCGGUGCGCCGCCCAGGAGCCCCAGCCCGCAGCUCGUACCCCGGGGCUGCAGCCCCGCAGAGCUGGCGGAGGAGGAGCUCCCAGAGCCCGGCAGCGGCCUGAGACCCGUAGUCAUCGAUGGCAGCAACGUAGCCAUGAGCCAUGGCGACAAGCAAGUGUUCUCCUGUCGCGGGAUCCAGCUGGCUGUGCAGUGGUUCUGGGACAGGGGCCAUCAUGACAUCACGGUGUUUGUGCCCUUGUGGAGGAAGGAGCAGCCCAAGCCGGAAGCUCCCAUUACACACCAGCACGUCCUCCACGAGCUGGAGAGGAGGAAAAUCCUGGUGUACACCCCCUCCCGCUGCGUCAACGGGAAGAGAGUGGUGUGCUAUGACGACCGCUUCAUCGUCAAGCUGGCCUACAAGUCUGACGGGAUCAUCGUGUCCAACGACAACUACCGGGACCUGCAGCUGGAGAAACCGCACUGGAAGAAGUUCAUAGAGGAGCGGCUCCUCAUGUACACCUUCGCAAACGACACGUUUAUGCCACCAGAUGAUCCCCUGGGAAGAAAUGGACCAACAAUCGAAAACUUCCUUAGAAAAACACCUCAAGUGCCUGAGCACAGAUGGCAGCACUGCCCCUACGGAAAGAAGUGCACGUAUGGGAUCAAGUGUAAGUUCUAUCACCCAGAGAGGUCGAACCAGUCUCACUUGUCAGUCGCAGACGAACUUCGUGCAAAGACUAGAUCCACGUCUCCCAAAGCUUUCCCGGACGCAAGGCAGCUUCCGAACAACGCGGCGACGUCCUCGAGUCGGGGGGCUCUGCCCGUUGCCCCAAACCCACCAGCGUUUUACGAACAGAGUCCCCAGACGGCCGUGUGCGAUGGCCUUCAGCCCGCGGUGGCCCCGAGGCAGGACAGUGCUCGCAGUGGGCUGUCACCCAGCCGCCAGUUAGAAAGCUCCAGUCCCAGGCACAGCCCCUCCUCCCCAUGGGAUCCCCCAACUUUCCCGCGCCCCGCGAGCGCCGGAGGGCUCGAUUCUCUGGAGGCCAGGAUCUCGAACAUGUAUGUUCAGGGGAGGCCGUGCUGGAGCGGGAGCCCUCCCCCUCGGAGCAGCAGUCCGGGCAGGCCCUUACCUUCCCACAGCCACAACCACAGCAUGAACUGCGCUCGCGCCUGCAGGGCCGGCCUCGGCAGCUCGCGCCCCAGCUGCUGUUUCUGGCACGGAAACGCGCCGCAGAGCAGGGCGCCCGGCCCCUCGCAGGCGUCAGGUGGCUCCGCUCAGAGCCCCGGCUUCUAUGUUAGCCCCGGUCGAGGUGCCAGGACCGAAAUCCCACGUGGACCCAAGCCUUGCGAGGUCGUACUGCCUCACGGCGACCCCACUCCUUACCAGGAACAAGAGCUGGAGCAGUACCACUACCCCGGCGUGCCACCCAAGUGCUCUGCUCUCCCGAGCUUCAGCUGGGGGGGGGGUCAGUUCGGGCUGCUGGUGGGCGGCCAGGUCUCUGAGCCGCUGCUGAGUGAGCAGAAGAGGACUGUGAGGAAACAGCUGUGCGCCCUCUUCCCUCAGGCCGCGGUGGACCAGGUGAUGUGUUUGCACCCGAACGUCUUGGACACAUCCAGUCUCAUUUCAAUCAUCCAUAAAUUUCGAAGCAGCCACUAUUGCUUCUAGGUGCCGCGUAUUAUAGUGGUAAUGGAAGGAGGAGCGUGUUAAACCAGUUUGCGUCCUGUUGUAUUAUUUUUAUUAUUAGGCAAACUGUAACCACUAAGUUUCUAAGUGCAAAGCACACUUCCUCCGAGAAUCAUAUUACAUUAUUACACAUUAAAGUGUACCUUGUAACUAAGUGCUGAAGAGAAGAUCUCAUAUGCAGGCUGUUUGAUAUAAGUGAUCCUGAAAGAGACACAAUCUCUUUCUAUAGGCUACGAGAACACCAACAUUUAAAUUUAAAUUCAUUCAUUUAAAUUCAGCAUUAGGUGAUUGGAUUGUAAAACCUAAAGCAACAGAUGUUGUUUUUACCCUGUAACCUCACAGUGAGGUGCUUAAUACUGAGUAACUGAGAAACAUGCUUGGACAGCAAGUGUGAACAAAACUGUCAAAGCUGCUUUUUAUAACUUCUCUCAUUUAAAGGAAAAGAUACAUUCAGAAGUCUUUCCUUUUUUACUGACUUGAUAUUACUGGAAUUAACACGUUCUAAUCAGAGCAACAUACAGAAAUUUCUGCUGUGAAAAGCUAAUCAGGAGUAAUGUUCAGAAAAUUGAAAAAUAAAAGGUUUUCUGCCGAAUUCUAUGCAUCUACGCAUGAUUGAUACAUCUUGCUUCAGCUUGGAUCCAAACCCUGUUAAUGUCUGUUCACAAUGUAUAACAGGACUUCAUAAUGAAGGGGGGGUAUGGUGGUUUCAUUUAUAAAUACGUUUAAACAUUUUAUGUUUAUAGAUCGAGGUACAAUACUUGAUUACAUAAGUGAAUGUAGCAAUUAAAAGUAUUUGGGUGAAUUGUACUAAAUGCAUGUGUAAUGGUUGAUGUAAUUAAUGUUUUUAUGCAUUAUUAAACAAGCGCACUUUAUAUAUAAAGUUACAUAAUAAGGGACAGCUAUAGAAUUGCCUUUAACAGAAUGUUUAAUAUCUCCUCAUUCCUGCUCUUCUAAAUGAAGAAAUCAGUAGAGGCCAUUGUCGUAUGAGGUUUCCAAAUGUGAAAGGCAUAGAUCCAAAGAUACUUAUGUGCCUUAUUAAAGCGUAUAUAAUCAAACUGUU